UUUGUGUCUGGUUUUCCUGAUAUCCGUGAGGAGGAGCUGCUGGAUGUGGUAAUUUGAAUCUCUGGCCAAGGACAGCUGAGCUGGGGCUGCGCUGUGGAGAUUAUCUGAUUGUGCUUCGGAUUUAAUGCCCUGAGAAAUCUUGCUUUGGAUACAGCACCUGGCUGGCAGCAAGGAUCCUGCUCUGAGGUGAUUUGUCUGCUGGGUGAUGGUGGCACACAGAAGGUCAAAGGAUUCGUGCAAGGUCCCCAGACCCAGUGGAAGAAGUCACCUUCCAAACUGCACUGCUCAGAGGAGCUGCUUCUCUCAGCUGUCCAGGCCUCUGAGCUGUUGCUACAGGGAAGAGGACAGGGCUGCCUGAGCCAUGUCCAACGAUCCCCCCCCUCCCUACCCGGGGGGCCCCUCGGCGCCGCUGAUAGAGGAGAAGCACGGCCCCCCCUCGGCACCAGAGGGUGUCACCCCAGUGGUGGGACAGCCCCAGGGGGUUCCUAUCCCCCCUCCUGAGUUCGGACCCCCCCCAUAUGAGCCUCCCUCCCAGCCGGGGUUCAUACCCCCCCACAUGCCCACGGAUGGCUCUGGGCCCUAUGUGCCACCAGCAGGAUACUACCCACCCCCAGGCCCUCAUCCCCCCAUGGGCUACUACCCUGCCCCAGGCCCCUACCCCUCUCCUGGUGGCCACACGGCCACAGUGCUGGUCCCGCCGGGAGCUGCCACCACAGUCACGGUGCUGCAGGGAGAGAUCUUCCAGGGUGCCCCUGUGCAGACCGUGUGUCCCCACUGCCAGCAAGCCAUCACCACCAAGAUCUCCUACGAGAUUGGGCUCAUGAGCUUCCUUCUGGGCUUCUUCUGCUGCUUUGUGGGGUGUGAUCUCUGCUGCUGCCUGAUCCCCUGCCUGUUCGAUGACUUCAAGGACGUGACACACACGUGUCCCAACUGCAAGGCCUACAUCUACACGUACAAGCGCAUGUGCUAACGGCACCCGGGAGCCUCUGGAACGCCGCCGGCCCCGCCCCGCUGCCGUCCGUCCGUCCGUCUGUCCCCGCGUGUGCAUCGCCCCUCCCCUCGCUUCCCGCCGGUGGUGUGUAUGUGUUAUCCCCGGCUCCUCCCGCAGAGCUGCCACCACUGCCCCCAGCUCUGCUCCUCACUGGGAAUAGUUGGAUUGGUGACACGGGGGAGGUGGGCCCGGGCCCCAGGCGCUGUGCGGGAGCUGCCCUGCAGUGCACAGGAGUGGGGGGCACCGCUCUGCACGCCGUCAGGCUCCAGCUGUGAGCGAGGCCCCUCUCACCUGGAGCAGCAGCUGCUGGAGGUGCCCACCCCAGUCCCACAGUGUAGAGGGUGCCUGGCUGCAGGAUGGGCUGGGAUGGGAGCCCCGGAGGGGACCCAAGCAGCCCAUGGUGCCCUCAGGGGAUGCAGCACAGCCUUUGUGGCACUUCCAGGAAGGGGCUCAGUGACGAGGGCGCAGGGCAGUGCCACACACCAGGUCUCCGUGUGGUUCAAAGCCCCUGCCCGAGGGGAGGCAGAGCUGCCUCUAAGCACAGAGAGGGGCCCGGCAGCAGCACCGCACCCUUAUCAGCACCUCCGUCCUGCCCGGCGGCCGCUCCAGCUGCAUGCGCCUCCUCCUCCUCCCAGCCCCGCCCGGCUCCGGGGGCAGGGACAGCCCCCGGCAACCCGAGCGCCAAAGCACACCCGGAAUGUCCCGGCUGCCCGGCAUGUAGAGUAGAGGAGUUUGUAACCAGGCUGCAGCUCCAGAGCCGCCCUGGGCCCGGCAGGGUCUGCAGGGUCUCGUUGCAUGUGGUGUAGGGGGUAUUUUAGCUCACUCACCUGAGGCAGAAGGAAGGGGCAAGCAGGCAGCGACAGGAGCUGCCAGCAGCGCUCCCACAGCAGGGGUGAGAGGGGCUGGGAGCCGAGUUCAGCCUCUCGGGGCUGCUCCUCCCUCCCCUGCAGCUCCCAGAGCAAAGUGGGGGGGUCUCUCAGUACACAGGUCUGCAAACACAGCCUGGCCUGCACAGGCAGCUGCUGUUUGCUCAGGGGUGGAACUGUGGCACUAGUCAGUGUUUUUAUGUAAAUAAAUAACAGACCC